GUUGUACACCCUUGACGCCUGAAUAUCACUCAUUUGAAAACUUUAAGGUUGGUUUUCGCAUAAUGAGUCUGGUUGCCGUGCCCCGUUUUGUAUCGGAUGACUUCAUAUCCAGUCUGAGUGAAGUGAAGAUGGAUCAGUCCAUUCCAGACAAAUAUUUGCUAUGGUAGCAGCAAUUCACAUAAUUUUAUUGUAGCAUGUACGACCUCUUCGGCGAACUAAGUGUUCCUGCUUUGGAUAUUGUUGAUCGUGGAUCCGUUACUUUGGAACGCUCAUUAUCUGGAAGAAGCGUUUACAAAGUGCAAUCCCACUCAGGGGCCCUACAACACUGCAGUUAUCCAGUGAAUUAUUGCGCCUGUUGGACGACUGGACUUGCGCGAGUGACCAACGUUCCAACCUCUUCCGCUAUCUGGUGUGAACACCUGAUUGCUGUACUAGUUCUGAACUGCUUGAAGAAAGUCAAUCAGAUAACCGUGAGCGACGAAAAGAUGACUCAUACCAUUGAAUUGAUGUAUACAUGUUCCAGUGGGAGUUGCAUGUAACAAAGAGUAUGGCACAAUCUUUUCUGGUUCUCUACAUAUUGGCGGUCUCCUCAUAACUUCUCUUCGCUUUACUACGAACCGUUGCUCCUCACAUGCUUGGCGUGCAGUUUUUCUCCUUAAGGCUUAUUACGAUUGUUAGAAACUUAUGUCUGCCAACAGACAGGAAAGAAUUGAGUGACAUCUCAGGCAUUUUCGAAACUACUGCAAGUGCACGAGAGGCAACAAGAUAUUCUUUAAACAUGUCAUAUCUUUUACGCGGC